AUGGGCUCCACUCGCAUUCGCCUACGGCAGGCUUUUCUCCGACUUUUGGUGCAGGAGUUGGCCGAGUCCCAACUGAAGUCUUUGAGAGGUUUCUUCCUGCGGUUAGACUGCGACUCCGACGGUGUCCUAUCAGCUUCAGACUUGGGGACAGGUGAUGGAGAAGACGAGAUGAGUGUGCUGCUGGCGGUGGCGGGUGGCCAGUCGUUGGGCUUUAGCGACUUCGUGGCAGUGAUGCUGCCUUUCUACGUUUCGGUGCAGGAACAGCAGCUACGAUCUGCUUUCAAACGGCUGGAUCUUCAGAGCCGUGAUGUGCUCUCACGGCAGGUGCUGCAAGACAUGCUGCAGGCGCAGUGGCGUGUCGCGGCGGACGAGCUAGAAGAUUUGCUCGCCGGGCUUCCAGAGGAGCUGAACUUCACCGACUUCAAAGAGCUCUUACACCUGGAGAAGUGA